UCUAAAUUAAUUAGAAAUAAACUUAUAAAUGCCGCAGAGGCAAAAUGUGAAAUAAAAUAUCAAAAAAGUCCUAAAUCUACAAGAGUAUUUUACUAAGGAUAUGCUAUCAAAGUAAAUACGAAGUAUGCAGUCGUUUUAACGAUUUCCGUUUUGGAUCCAUUUUUGUCAAUACAACUUCCGCUGUAGAUAUACAGAACUUAAUUAACAUACUUUGAAAACAAAAAGAAAACUAAAACAUAAUAAUAAUGAAGCAAUAUAACAAUAAAAUGUAACAAAAUUAAGUAACUAACGUUGUUGAUACACGUUGUCAAUAAGAGUGACAUGCUGCAUGACUGGAAUGUUAACAUACAUAGUUAUAGGUUUAAAACUCUACCAAGGAGUUGCAAUUGCAUGCAAAUAGACGUUACACUGCAGCUCCUUAGUCAAAUUUUCACAUCGAAAUGGAGCUUGAAGAGUUGACCGACAUUUUUUACACGAGCGACAAGAAAGGCCAAGUUUGUCGUGUCAAAUUGAACGCGUCAGGCUUCACUUUACAACGAGAAUCUACUGGCGGUCGUUCGCGGGAGCAAGUAAUUGAUUUGAAUGACAUUGUCGGCAGUCGUUGUAUUGUGGUGAAGAAAGAUCGCCGCGGCUGUUCCAUGCUCUGCACCUCUGCAAUGCAAACUGAUGGCAAUCGUAGUGAUAGCGGUGAUGAUACAAAAAGGAAAUCCAAUUCUGUAACAUUUGAGCACAAGGAUGCCAGUGCAUAUCUCUACGUUUUUGCUUAUAUACUAAAUAAGAAACAUCUACGCAAUAUCAUUCGACGUGAACGUACUGUGCUCAAACUGCGUUUCCGUUCCUUUGACACUUUCGGCGAUAACAUGCGGGAAGCGGAACGCUGGUAUCAAACUGUGCGUGCAUUCAAGGGUCACAGUUUAGGGCACAGCGAUACAGAUGAGCGCCGCAUAUUGGUUUUAUUGAAUCCAAAAUCGGGUUCUGGCAAAGCACGUGAGAUAUUCAAUCGUCAAGUUGUCCCUGUAUUAAAUGAAGCGGAGCAAUCGUACGAUUUGCAUGUGACAAAGCAUGCCAACUAUGCACGCGAAUUUAUACGUGUGAAAAUUUUGGAUAAUUAUAGUGGCAUUGUAGCAGUUGGUGGAGAUGGCCUAUUCUUUGAGAUACUUAAUGGCUUACUGAUGCGCGCAGACUGGAUGGAGGCGCGUAAUAUCCCACUGGGUAUUGUGCCAUGUGGUUCGGGAAAUGGUUUGGCUCGAUCCAUAGCUCAUGUUUGUGGUGAGCCCUAUGAGCCUAAACCAAUCUUAGGUGCUACACUAACACUGCUCAGUGGCAAAUCUAUGCCAAUGGAUGUCGUAAGAAUACAACAACAAAAUCAAAUACUCUACUCCUUCCUUUCCGUCGGUUGGGGUCUCAUCUCGGACAUUGACAUCGAGAGCGAACGUUUACGUUCACUGGGCUAUCAAAGAUUUACAAUUUGGACCUUACAUCGUUUAAUAAGUUUACGUACAUAUCGCGGCAAAGUAUCAUAUCUUCCAAAGGAAAGUUUUAAUAUGGAAAGUGACACAAUGUCACUAGCAGAUCCGCUGCCAUUGAAGCAUAGUCGAAGUUGUAAUACUUGCUUGGAUAAACUCCAUAACGGUUGUUUUCAAUCCACCGAUUGUAUUGAGACGAGCAAAUACUAUGAUGUCAUUUCGCUGCAAAACUCCAUAAAUCAGUCAUUGCAAUCACGUUGUGAUAGUUGGUUCUCCCCUGCAUCCUGCCGCAGUACUUACCACUCCGUCUCGGAAAGCAUCUAUCAUAGUGUCGCAGAUGAGAGCGACGCUGAAUCGCGUUUACAACUCAGCAAUUUGAGUGUCCAUCUGUGUGGCCCGACGGGCAGUGCACCAACACUCGAUGAGCCAGUCCCCUCGACGUGGGUGGUGGAGGAGGGUGAAUUUGUUAUGGUACAUGCUGCUUAUCAAACACAUCUAGGUAGUGAUUGUUAUUUUGUCCCACAAGCUAAGUUCAAUGAUGGCAUCAUUUAUAUUGUCAUCAUACGCAGCGGCAUAAGCCGUUCGCAGUUGUUGAAUUUUUUGAUGGGCAUGAGUUCAGGCACACACGUGCCGAUCACCAAUAAUGAAUACGUGAAAAUGGUGCCGGUGACGGCUUUUCGCAUAGAACCAUACGAUAAUGAGGGCAUCCUCACGGUGGAUGGUGAGCGCAUCGAAUUUGGUCCUUUGCAGGCGGAAAUGCUGCCGGGUGUGGUGCACGUCAUGGCACCGAAGUGAGCUUAGCCAAACUGUGGUGGAAAUAAAUUGAGAUUCAAAGAGUUGUGCACUAUUAUAUUCCUUUACGAUGGCUUUUAUUGUUAAAUAUUUUUUAUAUUUU